AUGACCCUCACAAGCAAACCAACGGACAUUACUGCUGGUAAUGAGCUUGACCACCUUUUUGAUGUCUACCUCAUCGGCAACGAGUAUCAAAUUUCGUCACUCUGCGAAGCCGCCGCCGAACGUGUAGUCAAACUCAUGGAACCAUGUACUCUGGAUCGCCCUUUUGGAAGGAGAUUUUCCGCCGAAGGGGAGACGGUUCGAGCCAUCAUCACCAAGACAGCAGAGCUCUACAGCUUCCAUGAACUCGCAUACACAUCACUGCUCGAUGCAGUCAUCAAGGCGCUCUUUCAUAAAUUCCCCAGCAUGGACUCGCUAGAACGGCUCCUCGAAAUCUCUGCCCUUCUGGAAAAACCUGAGAAGUUCAGCGCACGCCUGAUAAGAUGCUUCUCUCGAGGUAAAAGCUAUCAAGGCUCAUAG